GAAAGCUCCCAAUCAGUGCCGUGUUUAGUGCAUAAUCCGAAAGUGGUGCUUUGCUUUAGUGUUUCGGUGUGACAAGGAAGUGAGCCAGUUACAGUCAGGGGUAGUAGUGAAAAAUGAUUCCCGUUUGGAAAAGGAUCGCACUGGUGCUAGUGCUGAGUGCGUUGACGGUGAUCGCCGAAGAAGUGCAGGAUGAGAAUGUGGCGAAAAGUGAUCAGACUUCGACGACGGAUGUGGAAGAGGGUCGUGGCCGCAGACGUUUCUACAAAUUUCUGAUCAAAGCAUUGGCUCCAAUGCUGUCGAAUGUGCUGUCCACAGUGGUGCUGGUGAAAACCAAGAUUGUUCUGGUGGGUCUUUUUUUAGCUGGAAUUUACUUCUUUGGGCACAAAAUCUGGCCCGGUGGCUUCUGUGGGCAUUCAAUCGUAUCUGACGGGCCGUCGUUCUUCGGUGAAGGGAUUACCGAUUAUCAUGGCACUGGACCAGACAUAAUCUCCAGCUAUCCCGGACCGGAACCGAUUAGCUUCUCGCCAUACUCCUCGUAUCCGGGAAGUAGCAUUUCCAGCUCGUAUCUCCCUCCAAGCAUCUCCAGUUCAUCGUCAUCUUCCUCGGGUCCAUCCAAUGCGUAUCUUCCGCCAAACCGUCGCGGAAAGCGUGAGGCCGCCGUACCGGAUGAUGAAGAACUGCUGGAAAAUGAGAUGUACUGGACCGAUCAGCUCACCGAUAUGGCGUUCCGUUUUCUCGGAGUGAUUUCGAGAACGUGCCGGAAGCGAUUCGUCUGCGAGUUUGAUUUCCACGCUCGCAGCAAUCCGUUCAUACUGUUUGCCACCCGGGCAAUGGGACGCGACAUAUUCCACAACUACCGGGACGACAGCGACGAGAAGGCCAAGUCCUACCAGGACUGCGGCCGCAUCUACGCCCAAUGUGGCGUUCCGAAGAGAAGUCCCAACGCACAUCGCCGACGACGGCCGACCACUACCACGACCACUACGGAGCUCCCAGCGGAGGAAGACGAGCUGACCAACGACAUCGGAAGUGGUGCCGAGACACCGGAGGAAGACAACAGCACCGAGCGCAGCUUCGAUACGAGCCAGAAGAACGACUGGAAACCGGUGAGGGCGAACCCGCUGCAGAGGCUGUUCAUUCCACUGCUUUCUUCGGCGAGGCAGAUGAAUUAGAUCGUUUGAAUAAGUGCGUUGUUCCGUGUGCGGUGCGACAAUGAGUGCGCCAGAGCGUGUACAUAAUGAAUGGAUGUCUAUUUAAAUUAUUUAUUUUAAUAAGGUAAAGUCUAUUUAUUGAAAACUCGUUGCGUGUUGUUCCUCACUAGUGUUAAGGUAGGUCGAUUCGACUUGAAUAAAAUGAUUGUAUGAUUA